UCAUCAACUCCAUUCUCCACAUCUAUUGCGUAUUGUUUCUUCUCUUUAUUCUCCUUUCUACUUUGAUGGUCGAACCAAUCGCUUUCUUCUUCCUUUCUUUUGUGCUCCACGAUUAGCUUCUCUCUCCUUCCUCCAUUUUCGCUUCACAAGCUUCUGCCGUUUGGGAGGAGAAAUGGCGGCAAACGGAAACUCGGAGUUCAGCUUCACCAACAAUGGAUCAGCAAGAAACGGUCUAACGAAAAUUCAAACGCAGAAGAAACAGAACGGAAUCUGUCACGACGACAGUGCACCACCUGUUAAGGCACAGACCAUUGACGAGCUUCACUCGUUACAGAAGAAGAAAUCAGCCCCAACUACUCCCAUUAAGGGCACUGAAGGAACCUUCGGUGUACUCUCUGAAGAGGAGCGCCAGAAGCAGCAACUUCAAUCCAUCAGUGCUUCAUUGGCCUCUUUGACGAGAGAAACCGGACCGAAAUUGGUGAAAGGAGAUCCGGCGAGGAAAUCAGAAACCCCUAAAGCUCAUACAGUACACCACCACCACGAUGCGCCAACAAUAAGCGUUAGCGAUAGCUCUUUGAAGUUCACACAUGUUCUUUACAAUCUCUCCCCCGCAGAGCUUUACGAACAAGCGAUAAAGUAUGAGAAAGGGUCGUUCAUUACGUCGACCGGAGCAUUGGCGACUCUUUCCGGUGCGAAAACCGGCCGAUCUCCGAGAGAUAAGAGAGUUGUCAGAGAUGAAACCACUGAGAAUGAUCUUUGGUGGGGAAAGGGUUCUCCUAAUAUUGAAAUGGAUGAGCAUACUUUCAUGGUUAACAGAGAGAGGGCUGUUGAUUACCUCAUCUCAUUGGAAAAGGUGUUUGUGAAUGAUCAGUUCUUGAACUGGGACCCGGAGAAUAGGAUCAAAGUUCGCAUCGUUUCUGCAAGAGCCUACCAUUCACUGUUUAUGCACAACAUGUGUAUCCGACCCUCUCCUGAAGAGCUGGAGAAUUUCGGUACUCCGGACUUCACUAUUUACAAUGCUGGGCAAUUCCCGUGUAAUCGUUACACUCACUACAUGACAUCCUCUACUAGCAUAGAUAUUAACCUUUCUAGGAGGGAAAUGGUCAUCCUCGGCACUCAGUACGCCGGGGAAAUGAAGAAAGGUCUAUUCAGUGUUAUGCAUUAUCUGAUGCCUAAGCGUCAAAUCCUCUCCUUACAUUCUGGCUGCAAUAUGGGAAAGGAUGGAGAUGUUGCCCUCUUCUUUGGACUCUCAGGCACUGGAAAGACAACACUGUCGACAGACCAUAAUAGGUAUCUGAUUGGUGAUGAUGAACAUUGUUGGAGUGAUAAUGGUGUGUCAAAUAUCGAAGGAGGUUGCUAUGCCAAGUGUAUUGAUCUUGCUAAAGAAAAAGAGCCAGACAUUUGGAAUGCCAUCAUCUUUGGCACUGUUCUUGAAAACGUGGUGUUCGACGAACAUACCCGAGAAGUUGAUUAUACUGACAAAUCAGUUACAGAGAACACAAGGGCAGCUUACCCCAUUGAAUACAUUCCAAAUGCGAAAAUACCAUGUGUUGGCCCGCACCCGAAAAAUGUUAUCUUAUUGGCUUGUGAUGCAUUUGGUGUGCUCCCACCGGUGAGCAAGCUUAGCCUAGCACAGACCAUGUAUCAUUUCAUCAGUGGUUACACUGCACUGGUGGCAGGCACGGAGGAUGGCAUCAAAGAGCCACAGGCAACAUUCUCUGCUUGUUUCGGGGCUGCUUUUAUAAUGCUACAUCCAACUACAUAUGCAGCCAUGCUAGCGGAGAAGAUGCAGAAGCAUGGCGCCACUGGGUGGCUUGUCAACACUGGUUGGUCUGGUGGAAGGUAUGGCUUAGGGAACCGCAUAAAGCUACCAUACACAAGGAAUAUCAUUGAUGCAAUUCACUCUGGCCAACUUUUGAAUGCGACGUACAAGAAAACCGAAGUAUUCGGGCUUGAAAUUCCCACUGAGAUCGAAGGAGUGCCUUCAGAAAUCUUGGAUCCAAUUAACACUUGGUCGGACAAGAAGGCGUACAAGGAUACAUUGCUUCAGUUGGGUAGGUUGUUCAAGAAGAACUUUGAGACAUUUACAAACUACAAGAUUGGGAAGGACGGAAAGCUGACAGAUGAGAUUGUGGCAGCAGGGCCCGAUUUUUAAAGCAGAAGAGAUGAAGGUUGUGGACUUGUGGUGAUUUUAAAAGUAUCACCUGAUGAAAAUGUUUUGUCAUUUCAUUGGGUUGUGCAGAAAUGUGUUUUCUAUGUUGUGUUUGAUUAUUUCCGACUGGGAAUGUUUGUUGUAUUAUUAUUGUUGGUGUAUUGUCUGUUCAUGUAUUUCACCACAAAAUUAAAAUGAGUAAUAUCUCAUGCCUGUUCGUUUA